UGGGUUGAAACGUCAAACGCGCGAACUGAGCGCAAAUCAAAACAAGGAAUUUCAUCACUAUCACAGCACCAAACCGCCGACCACGGCUAUGACCGUGUUGUAGUGCCGAGAUGAACGUAAUUUCUGGUUCGCUGCGGAAAACGAGUCUUCCAGUAGGGUUGCUUUCGUCGCUUAGGACAUCGUCGGUGGGCUGUGUGCGAUUUUGUUGUGAUAAACCGUCCAGCGGUGCGGGAAACCCGUCGGUCAGUGGAAAAGCCAGUGGCAGCAAUGAGCAGGAAGUGCGCGUUCGUUUCGCUCCCAGUCCAACAGGACAUAUGCACUUGGGAGGGCUGCGAACGGCGCUGUACAACUAUCUCUACGCAAAGGCACACGGUGGAAAGUUCGUAUUGCGCAUCGAAGACACCGACCGGGAACGGUUCGUCGAGGGGGCAGCGGAGAAGCUGUACGCCGAUUUGAAAUGGGCCGGUGUCGAACCGGACGAGGACCCGUACAAGGGCGGUCCGCACGGUCCGUACACGCAAAGCCAACGGUACGAAAUUUACAAGCGUGAGGUGAAAAAGCUCAUGGAGGACGGUCGGGCGUACUAUUGCUUCUGUACCGAGCGCCGGUUGGAGCUGCUGCGCAAGGAGGCGCUCCGGCUGCGCCAGGUCCCGAAGUACGACAACAAAUGUCGCCACCUCACGCCGGGCCAGAUUGCGGAACGUUUAGCGAGGAACGACAAGUUUUGCAUCCGCUUCCGCCUAGACUCGAAGGGGGAUGAGUUUAACGAUCUCAUUUUCGGUAAGAUCGUGUACUUCAUCGCACAGCAGGAAGGUGACCCGGUAAUCAUCAAAUCGGACGGCUACCCGACGUACCACUUUGCGAACGUGGUGGACGAUCACUACAUGAAGAUAACGCACGUCCUGCGGGGCGUUGAAUGGCAAAUAUCGACCCCGAAGCACAUACAGCUGUUCCACGCGUUCGGUUGGCGUCCGCCCCAGUACGCCCAUCUGCCGCUGAUCAUGAACCCGAACGGGUCGAAGCUCAGCAAACGGCAGGGCGACGUCCAGCUGGAACACUAUCGCAACAAUGGCGUCUUUCCGCAGGCACUGCUAAACUACAUCACGCAAAGUGGCGGUGGUUUCGGGCGGGAGCUGCUGGACAUCGAUGCACCGCAGAUGACCGAUCUGAUACGACAGUUUGAUCUGAAGAAAAUUAACGCCCACUCUAGUCGCCUCAAUCCGGAACUGUUGAAGCAUUUCAAUCGGGCGGAAAUUCGGCACAAGCUCGAAAACGACCCGGAAGCGGCCGAACGGAUCGUGCGCGACGUGACGGAGAUGGUACGGAAAGAGUUCUCGAGGGACGUGAAAAAUCUGCAGCUCAACCCGGAACACGUGCGGGACGUGCUCGGUUGGUCGCUGCCACGGAUAGAUUCGCUACAGGAUCUCGUCAAAAGCAAGCUUUCCUUCCUGUGGGUGUUGCCCAAAUCGAACAACGAGCAAAUCGUCGACUCUGAUGUGUUAGCCGUGCUGGCAAAGAACCUUGCGACCGAGGAGGACGUGCCCGAGUUUAGCAAAUCCGAACUGAGCCGAUUUAUAAAGGCGUUUGCCGAACGGAACCAUCUUGCAUUUGAGAAGCUGAUGAAAGCGUUACGAUCGGGGCUGAGCGGACUGCAGGAAGGUCCCUCCGUGCCGGAAAUGAUGGAAAUACUCGGCCGGGAGAAAACGGUCGAACGGAUCGAGCUAGCCGCCGGUAGACAGAAAUAGGAUAGCCUCCGGGAUUUUUGUCGGUUUCCAACGAGUUUCACUAGAGUUUUUGUUUUAUUGAUGGGUUAAAAGUCUACGCCACACGUAUAGCUUCGUACAGCGCGUUCGAUAAAUGUAUGAUACACUUCCACACACACACACACACACGCUUUCGUACGCACCUAAACGGACACAGACUGGUCGGGGCUGCGUGGCGCCAUGAACGCAAUGGAAAAUGUAUGAACCAAAUGUUGCGGAAAACACAGAAAUAUAGAAUUAAUGUUAGUUGAAAGUUGA